UUAAAUUUUAAUUUUCACAUAAAUAAAAAAAAAUAUCGAAGUUGUUUAAAUUUUAUUAAAAUUAUAUUAACUAAAAAUCAAAAAUCAUUAUUAUGGAAGCGAAUGAACGAGGAUCAAAUGGAGAAUUUCCGGCAAAUCCGUCGUCAUCUGGGAAAAAUAUGACCGAGGCCAGAUCAGUGGCUUCCCUGUCUGCAGGAUCUUCCAAUUCGGCGUCAGUGGAAAAUGUCGCCAGGGAAUCGGAGAACAAUGCGGCCAGUAACAUAACAACGCAGUCCGGCCAGGCAGACGACAUCAUUCUCGAGUUUGAUUAUUUACAUGGGGAGGUCCGGAAUGGAAUCGCAAGAGAUGUCACCUACCUAUGCCCAUACACUGGGGCCAUCAAAGGAAUUCUAUCUCUCACUAAUUAUCGACUUUUCUUCUCAAGCAAUGAAAAAACGUUACCCUUCCUCUUGGAUGUGCCUCUGGGGGUUAUUAACAGAGUAGACAAGGUGGGAGGCAUGAGGAGUAGUGGAGAGAACUCGUACGGUUACGAGAUUAUCUGUAAGGACAUGAGAAACCUGAGGUUCGCCCACAAACAAGAAAACCACACAAGGAGGCAGAUUUUUGAGAGAGUCAAUCAGUUCGCUUUCCCGCUUAAUAACAAACUGCCGCUGUUUGCCUAUGAGUACAAGGGCAAUUUCAAAGAGAACGGAUGGAACGUUUACGAUGCCGUGAGCGAACUAAGGAGACAGGGAGUACCGAAUGAUAGCUGGAGGGUAACGAAAAUAAAUGAGAACUUUCAACUCUGUGACACUUAUCCUAGUCUGUUUGCAGUCCCGAUGUCGGCCACGGAUGAGGACUUGAAGAAUGUGGCAUCAUUUAGGAGUAGGAGUAGGAUUCCUGUCCUCUCUUGGAUCCACCCGGAGAGCCAGGCCACCAUAACGAGAUCCAGCCAGCCGCUGGUGGGAGUCAGUGGGAAGAGGAGCAAGGAUGACGAGAAGUACGUACAGAUGAUCAUGGAUGCCAAUGCACAGUCACACAAGAUGUAUAUUGUUGACGCUAGGCCACAGCCCAAUGCCAUUGCCAACAAGGCGAAAGGAGGUGGAUAUGAAAGUGAAGAUACUUACCAGAAUGCUGAAUUAAUAUUUGUCGACAUCCACAACAUUCACGUCAUGAGGGAAAGUUUACGAAAACUUAAAGAAAUAUGCUAUCACCAUCCAUUGGAUGAAGCCCAUUGGCUGUCAAAUAUUGAAUCCACUCAUUGGCUAGAUCACAUCAAGCAAAUACUGGCCGGCGCGGUGAGGAUAGCUGACAAGGUGGAGAGUAACAAGACGUCGGUUCUUGUCCAUUGCAGUGAUGGCUGGGACAGGACUGCUCAGUUGACCUCACUCUCUAUGUUGAUGCUGGAUUCUUACUACAGAACGAUUAAAGGAUUUGAAGUUCUUAUCGAGAAGGAGUGGAUCAGUUUUGGACACAAGUUUGCACAGAGAAUAGGACAUGGAGACGACAAGCAUUCAGAUUCGGAUAGAUCACCAGUCUUCUUACAGUUCAUCGACUGUGUGUGGCAAAUGACUAUACAGUUUCCCAAUGCUUUCGAAUUCAACGAGUUGUUCCUGAUAACGAUCCUAGACCACCUGUACAGCUGUCUGUUUGGAACAUUUCUCGGAAACUGUGAACUGCAAAGGAAGAAUGAGAAAGUUUCGGAGAGGACGGUGUCAUUGUGGUCCUACAUAAACUCUCAGUUGGACGACUUCACGAAUCCACUUUACUGUGCACAAUACACUCAAAAGCACGUGUUGCUGGUGGUGGCGAGUCUCAGGAGACUGCGGAUGUGGAAUGGAUACUACCUUAGGUGGAAUCCGCAAAUGAAAUCUCAGGAACCGGUUGAAUCUCGUAAUCGCGAGUUGGCUACUGUGGAAGCAGCAACUGCAACGAAGCUAGAGGGGCUGGAGAGGGAAUACCAGAUGAAAACUGAACAGGCCAUCCGCCGCAUUCCCACUAAAUCCCCAACUUCGGGGAAUGUGAAAUCACGCAACCCGAAUCUAAGCGCAAGCAAAUGGGAUGUCAUUUUUGUUAUUUCCGUCUAUUUUUCUUAUUUUCAUACAUUUCGUUUCCGUAUAGUCCUAUUAUAUACGUCAAGACCAAUUGUAAACAUGAUGGUAAAUUGUAACCAUUAAAGUCUAUUUUAGAUCCAUGUUUAUAUCUCUCUUUAAUCGUUCAACUAUUUUGCUUGUUGCAUUGUAUGUACGCAUCACACGGACACGCACUUACACAUACACGCGCGCACACGUAGCGUUAUUUUGUUUGCAUAGCUUUUUUUUAAAAAAACUGAACUCGAGACGUUUUUUUCUUAAUAUUUAGAAAA